AUGUCCGGCCCGAACGGGGACGUGCACCUGCCCGUGGACACCGGCGGCCGGGAGGGCGACCACGAGGACAUCGGCGGCGAGGGGGAGGAGGAAUACGACGCCAUCAACUCCAUGCUGGACCAGAUAAACACGUGCCUAGAUCACCUGGAGGAGAAGAACGACCAUCUCCACGCCCAGCUCAAGGAGCUGCUCGAGUCCAACCGCCAGACCCGCCUGGAGUUCCAGCAGGAGCUGGGCGGCCAGCCGCUCCCCCCGCCCCCCGCCGAGCCCACCUUCUAGGCUCUCGGCCGAUUCCGGAGACACCCGCCCAAGGCAAGCCGACGGCGGCGGUUCCGGCGGAGACAAUUAAUUGGGCCGCCUUUCUCCCUCCUCCCCAAGCCCGGCCGGGGAGCACCCCGUGGAGACCAGCCCGGUGGUCAGCCUCCUCCCUUCAUCCUCUCCUCACCGACUAUGUUUGCCCCAGAAGCCUCGAGACCCAGGGCGGGGGACCGGGGGGCACCGAAGCUGGGGGAAUGGAUUUCCGUCUCUCACUUCCUGGGACAGCCGGGACUCCCGUGGUGGAGGCAAGGGGGCUGAGGUCAUUAAAGCAGCUUCUGCCCUCUGAGCCCUUUCUCCCCCUGCCUAAACUCAGAAGGAGCAAAUGGGGAAGAGCGGGUGACCGGGGGUCUUUGGGGGGGAGUCGGGAGCGGCCACCAAGGAGACCGAGCCGAGUCCCUUGCUGACGAUCGGCCCCCCUCGCUCUAAGUCCCGCUGAGGUGGGCGGGACAGGAGCCCGGGCCAGUCUGUGGCGGUGGGCAGCCCCGGACAGAACAGCCCGCACCAGGGUUAAAUGCUAAUCCAGGCUCCUUUAUUGGCCUUCAGAUAAAAACAGCAGCACCUCCCGCAGUUUCUCCGUGAUCAACCUAGCACGAGGCUCCGGAAAAUGAGCCCUCGGCGGCCUGGCCCGG